AUAAUUGGGGUUCUCAAAUUCUCUCCAUCACACGAUUCUACCUCUACCAUUGAGCUGAGCGAGGAAUAGAGUGUAGAGAGAUAGAUGGAGGGGGUUUGAGAAACUGUGGAGGAAAAUCUGACAGUUCGACACAACACAGGUGAUACAGUGGAACAUAGUUAAUCUGUCUGCUUGCUUUGCUUUUCCCUUUAGAAACGGUUCGCAUUCACAGGGGGUGGACGGAGGUGUCAAAAAUGCCAAACGCAAUGAUGCAUUAUGCUCAUGUUUUCUAAACACACAAGAAGCUCCGGUUAUCGCCUUUAAUUGAUUAUGCUAGUGGGGAGUGGAUGGUCCGACUGGAAGCAGAAUUUGAAGGAACCGACCAAGGUGGAUGCUGCGCGCCGUCGCGCAUCCGGAAUCACAGAGCUGACAAAUCACAGAAUAUCCCAGGGAGUUUGCGGUGUGCAUGUGUGUGGUGAGUGUGUGGUUGUGAGAGAGAGAGCGCCAGCGCUCCCACAUGGCCUCCAUGCAGGACGGGCUGAACUUCACGUCUCCUACCUACGGCAAGGUCCUGCUGCUGGGUGCCAUCGCUGCUGCCUCAGCCUUCAUCGUUACCAUCCUCAUCGUGGUGCUCUGUGUGGGCUGCCAGAGGAAGGGAAAGACGCAUAAUGUCUCCAGUGAAAGUGGGAAACACAGGUUGAUGGACAUGAGUAUACUCAGGCAGUCAAAGCUGCGUUCCAUCAGCAAGUCGGACGGUGAGAUGAACAAGCUAAACUGCAAUGGCAAAAAGUCAUCUAAAAAGAACCGUCCGUCUAGCAUGGACCUCCUGCCCAGCCGCCGGUCCAACUCCGACCUCCGCUCCGGGGGAAGGACGCUACCCCAGAUCCCCUCUGGCACCGGAGAGGACGGGGAGCACACCUACUCUGAGGUAGGUCAACGCUCCUCCCCGAAGCGUGGCCCUGAUAACAACCUCUACGCCAUAGUGGGCAGGGCCGGAGAGACCGACACCCCAGCCCCUCCGGCCGUCCCAGCCAACACCCCUGCCCCCCCUGAUCUAGACGGGGAUGGGUUGAAUGAACCGCUCCCCGAGCCUGAGCCCAUGCCCCAGGCUAUGGCUCAUCCGCAACCCCCGGAGACGACUGCGGAGUAUGCCUGCGUCCGGAAGCUCCGGAAGGUGGACAAGGCUGUCCCCCAGAAGAGAGACAGCGGGACCGAUAUGGGGGAGGCACCGGUGCCGCCUCCCCGCCACGCCCCACCAUCACACCCUGCCCCGCCUCCGCCACACCCUCAACACCCUCACAGCAUGAAGAUGCCCCGGAAAAACGUGGAUGCUUUCAAGCUGCCCACCUUCCCCAAGGAGGCAGUGUUCAUGGGUAAUGGAGAGCAGUACAUAUGGAAGCCCCCAGAGGAUGAUGACAUCACCAUGCUCCAAAACAAACCGUUAGGCCCUCUGAGUCCUCACAGUGGAGAGAACAUACAGCCUUCCACUGCUAUGGUUGCAGAGAUGUACUCCAAGGUGUGCAAACCAAGCAAGAAGAAGAGAACUGUUCCUGGGUCUCCUCCAGCAAACAUUGGCUUCCGGACCUUGGGGCGUGGCGACCGGGACCGGGAGCGAGAUGGGGGGUUCAGUGUGGUGGUCAAGCCCCAGACCUGGGCCCCGCAGGAGGGGAAACCCGUCGGAGGAGCCUCUGCCACUCUGGAAGACCACUGUUAUGAGUCCAUCGAGACAGGGGAGGAGUGCGACCCCACUUAUGAGCCUAUGGAAGGUGGUGGCGGUUGGAAGCGAGUUGGAGGAACCGAACGGCCUCCCAACACCUGCGCCACACUCAGGCCCAGGAGGAAGAAAUCCCAUCAGCCCUUGCAGCAGCAGCAGCCUCCCCCGCCGCCGCCCACACAGCAGACCCCCAAGUUACAGCACCUUCCAGCCAAAGCCCUGCAGCUGCCCGGGGAGAAUCUGUACGAGAGCAUUGGGGAACUGAAGCAGGGCGGAACUGCCAACUCCAGCACCACUACCAUCUUCACCUUCAACGACGGCAUGGAGAUGUAUGUUACUGGGCUCUAAGGCUGUGACCUACCUGACCUCUUAUCUCCUUCCCAGCAUUUAAAAAGAAGACCACGGUCGGGAAGAGCUGGUUGAGCCCCUCUCAUGCUCACUCACACAUACUGUCUACAUUACAGUCAUAACUUCCUGCCUUUCAGAGCCUAGGGCAAAAGGGUUGGUCAGUGGUUAACGGGCUGAAGAGAAAGUCCUUUGCUGGGUCUAACCCCUAUCUUGAAUCCAAAGGUAGUGAUGAGAAAUGAGCACAAAACUAUUACAGAGAAAUCUGUACGAUGGUAGCACUAUUUUAACAAUGUGCACAGCACAAUUAGAGGGAAAAUGACCUAAAUUCUUCCCCCAUUUUAGUGGGUAAAAUCGUAGAAAUAAACUCAGCAAAAAAAGAAACGUCAUCACUGUCAACAGUGUUUAUUUUCAGCAAACUAAACAUGUGUAAAUAUUUGUAUGAACAUAACAAGAUUCAACAACUGAGACAUAAACUGAACAAGUUCCACAGACAG